AUGGAGAAGAUUACGGAUAAGAUCAAUGCCUUGCCUGAUGGCGCGAAUUACUUCUCGCUCGAGUUCUUCCCGCCGAAGACGGCCAUGGGCUUCGCGAAUCUGCAAACCCGAUUAGAGCGCAUGUCACAGGCUCUCCGACCGCUUUUUGUAACCGUCACAUGGGGUGCAGGUGGCUCGACGGCCACAAAGUCUCUCGAACUCGCCGAAAUCUGCCAGCGCCAAUUGGGCCUCACAACAUGUCUGCAUUUGACAUGCACGAACAUGAACCGCGCUCUCAUUGAUGAUGCGCUUGAACAGGCGAAAGUGUUGGGCAUACGGAAUAUUCUCGCCUUGCGCGGUGAUGCGCCGAGGAGCGACGAGUAUAGGGAUGAAGGACAGUUGCCGGAGCAGGAUUCGAACAAGGACUUUACGUGGGCCAUCGACCUCGUGAGGUAUAUUCGGAAACAGUAUGGAGACUACUUCUGCAUAGGAGUUGCUGCAUAUCCGGAGGGACAUUCAGAUGAGAGCCAUCCCGAGCACCAGGACCCGCGAUUCGAUUUACAGCACUUGGUGGAGAAGACGAAGGCUGGUGCGGAUUUUAUCAUGACACAGCUUUUCUUCGACGUGGAGGCGUACGUCAGGUUCGAGAAGCUGUUGAGGGAGCACGACAGCGGCGUGUUCAAGACCAUCCCGAUUAUCCCCGGAUUGAUGCCAAUUCAGUCGUACAAGAUCCUACUUCGAACCACGAAGCUUUCGCAUGCGAACUUGCCGGCUGAUACUUUGGCACGGCUAGAUGCUGUAAAGACUGACGAUGAGCUGGUCAAACAAGUUGGCGUCAAGAUCUUGGAUGAAAUUGUGGAACACCUCAAAGCGCGUCCAGAUGUUGUUCGGAGAGGGUUUCAUUUCUACACACUUAACUUGGAGAAGGCGGUAUCGCACAUUGUGGAAGAUACCCACCUUAUACCACAGACCACUGUCGAAGACGACGAAGAGGUCAUUGUCGAAACAACGCCCGCCAUCAACCUCGAAUCUCCGCCGAACGGCGCAAUGACGCGCAGUCGACGCCGGUUAUCCUCCAUAAAUUCCGGUCCCCGCAACAGAGUAAUCAUAUCACAACCCUCAGCCACAAAGUCUAGCAGUCACUCCUACGAAGCCCCAGAGAGCGAGGCUGGCAUCCACCGCGGACCAGUCAACACUCGCGCAAACACGCUCGCCAUCUCAGAAGGCGAAGGCUCACUAGGCCGAGAAGCAACAUGGGACGACUUCCCCAACGGCCGCUGGGGCGACGCUCGCUCCCCUGCCUUUGGUGAAAUCGAUGGUUAUGGACCUACGCUACACGUGUCGACACCACAAGCCUUGAAACUCUGGGGUCAUCCUGUGGAGAAAGAAGAUGUCUCGAAUUUGUUUAGGCAACAUCUUGAGGGAAAUCUCGAAGCUCUACCUUGGAGUGAACAAGGCCUUUCCCCAGAAACAGCCACCAUCAGCAAGCAACUACUGGCCUUGAAUGCUAAAGGCUGGUGGACAGUAGCUUCUCAACCUGCUGUCAAUGGUGUCAAAUCAACGGAUUCCAUCUUUGGCUGGGGCCCCAGGAACGGCUACGUCUUCCAAAAACCCUUCGUCGAAUUCUUCCUCCCUUCUUCCCAAUUCGCAACCCUUAAACCCCGCCUAGACGCCCACGAACAAAUUACCUACUUUGCUGGCAACUCGGCAGGAGACUGGGAGGCGAGUCAGGAGGAGAGCGUAAAUCCAGUGACAUGGGGCACGUUCGCGGGCAAGGAGAUUGUCACUCCCACUAUUAUUGAGAGCGUGAGCUUUAGGAGUUGGCUCGAGGAGGCGUUUAGUAUAUGGAGGGAGUGGCAGAGGAUUUAUCCUUCCAAGAGUGCGUCGAGUAAAUUGCUUGGCGCCUUGAGAGAGGAUGUCUGGCUGGUGAAUGUUAUUUGGGGGGAUUAUGUUGAGGGCCAUGGGCUGUGGGAGUUUUUGGAAGCGUAG